CGAGGAGCGGAGGGAUGAAGGGGAACUGCUGAAGUGAUGGAGAGUUACGAAGAAGAGGAAGGCACGCACGCUUGCGUGAACUCGCCUGAACUGCUGGCUGGUUUUGCUUUCGUUAGUAUUUUUUGAGAGCUUCCAGAAAGUGCUGCUUGCUGGUGACGUGAAGUUGAAGUGUUUGCAGCAGAGGGCCUUCUGAAUGAGCAGAAAACCCCAGUGUGCUUCUAGGAAGCACAGUAACUGCCACGUGAAUGUGAAGCUGGAAAACCUCUCUGACGUGAAAACGCCAGCCCAGUGAUGACAUCAUGUGGGCAAGUUCUCCAAGUUUGUCCGAGCUGCGUGCGCAGAGGAAGAGGUAGUGGCUGUGGAGCUGUGUGCUUGCGAGGACGUCUCUGUGGACCUGCUCGGUGGCCUGAGAGCGGGGUCCUGCGCCAGAACUGGGGCUCCCAUCUCCCAAAGAGAGCACCGGGAGGUCCUACAGCAGGUGGUGUGGGUCGCUCUCAUCUCACCCCGGUCUCUGGCUGGUACAUCUGAAGGAAGUUUUUAAAGGUCGUGAAACCGUAGCCAUGGUUGUACUGCUCAGUGCUUUCCAGUGACUCCGUGGCAAGAGCGAGCCCGUGUGCGGAGAGCCUCCUGGCGUGCCUCUUCUCCCGGCUGCUGGCACUGAGCUGCAGCACUGCGGGGCCACCGAGGACGGAACUGCAGUGACCGGGUGGCGUGAGCCAGGCCAAGGGAACGGGUGUGCAGCUUGCAACACGUGACGGCUGGGAUUCGUCGCGCCCUGUGGUGGAGACGUCGGGUUGGGGCAAGGAAGGCUUGCAGCCGGUUAGAUGCCCGAAGGGGAGAGCACAACUCUGGCUGAACGGAUGCAUCUCGGCACCUGAUACCAGGCUCAGCUUCUGACAUGAAGAAAGAUAUAGACACUUUAAUAACCCAGGAAAAAGCGGAGAUCGUUGCCAAGUAUGAGAAGGGCAGGCAGGAGGGAGCUGAGAUUGACCCGUGGGAAGAUGCCGACUUCACGCUGUACAAAGUCACCGACCGGUUUGGGUUCCUGCACGAGCAGGAGCUGCCAACCCGCACUGCCUUGGAGGAGAAGCAAAAGCAGCAGGAAAUCGAACGCGUGGACAAGUGGCUGAAGAUGCUGAAGAAAUGGGGCAAAUACAGAAACAGUGACAAGAUGUGUCGGCGAGUGUACAAGGGCAUCCCGCUCCAGGUGCGGGGCCAGGUCUGGUCACUCCUGCUGGAUGUUGAGAAGAUGAAGAAGGAGAACGAAGGAAAGUAUGAGCAAAUGAAAGAACAAGCAAAGAGCUUGUCCUCGGAAAUCAAGCAGAUAGAUCUGGACGUUAACCGCACCUUCCGAAACCACAUCAUGUUUCGGGAUCGCUACGGAGUGAAGCAACAGGCUCUGUUCCACGUCUUGUCGGCAUACUCUGUUUAUAACACCGAGGUGAGCUACUGCCAAGGGAUGAGUCAGAUCGCAGCCAUCCUGCUGAUGUACUUGAACGAAGAGGAUGCAUUUUGGGCACUGGCACAGCUGCUGACCAACCAGAAGCACGCAAUGCAUGGUUUUUUCAUUCCCGGGUUCCCAAAGCUGCAGAGAUUUCAAGCUCAUCAUGAGCAGAUUUUAAGCAAACUGUUCCCGAAACUGAAGAAGCACAUGGACAAGGAGCAGAUGACAACGGGGAUUUACACGACCAAGUGGUUCCUGCAGUGUUUCAUUGACCGGACGCCCUUCACCCUCACCUUGCGGCUCUGGGACAUUUACAUCCUGGAAGGAGAGCGGGUGCUGACAGCCAUGGCCUACACCAUUCUCAAGCUGCACAAAAAGCGCUUGCUGAAGAUGACGCUGGAAGACCUGCGGGAGUUUCUGCAGGAGAAAAUUGCCGCUUCGCUGCAGUAUGAGGACGAUGCUGUCAUCGAGCAGCUGCAGGUGUCGAUGAGCGAGCUGCGCAAGAUGAAGUUUGACCUCCCCCCACCAGCAAAGCCCGAGGAGUUCCCACGCAAACCCCUGGGCCUGGAGCUCUCCCUCAACCCAGUGGCCGUGAAGGCCAACGCGGCGGCCAAUGGCCAGAACGGGCUGCUGGGCGAGCGGCCUCCAGACAGGGACGCCACGCAGCCUCCGCCCCACAGAGGGCCUCCAGGAGGGACAGCCACCGGCACCGCAGCAGCCGCGAGGACUCCCGACCAGCUGGGCAGCAAUGCCGCCGAAGCGGCUGACGGACGCUUGCAUCCCCCCAGGCACGAUGGCGAGGUGGAGGCUCCUGAGGCUGUGCAGCAGCAGCCUCCCUCACCAAGAAGCGAGGCUCCGGCUGUCCCCGCUGGCCAGGAGGCCGCUGCGGUGAGUGGAGAGCCUGCCUCACACGGCAGCCCCCGGAGACCUCAGGGGGAGCAUGAGGAGAGCCCCGUGCUGCUCGCUGCCGGCCGCAUGAGCAGAGCUGCCUCACCGGCACGGCCUGGAGGCCCGCAGCCUCUGCCCCAGCACGAGUCGCCCAGCCCUGCUCCCUCUCCGCACGGCUCCAUGGACUUGCUGCACGACCCCAGCACCUCGUCCGGGACUGCACCAGCCAGGGAGGCUUUGGCACCCAAGCAGCAUUCCAACACAGACAGCUCGCCGAGGCGGCCAAAUCCUGCUGCGUGUGGUCUGCCAGAGGUAGAGCAGGCAUCUUCCCCACAUGGGGAGGAUGAGGAGGCACUGGAUGCCCUCCCUCCUCCUCUGCCAGCUCAGCAUGAGGACUUCCCCGAGGCCGAGCAGCAGCGCGGAGCGGCACUGCUGACCCAGACAGACUUGAGGAGCCCGGUACCCAAGUCUGCGUCCACGGGCGAGCUCACCAGCCUGCAGCAGGGCGCGGGCACAGCGGAAGGACUGGGCUUGGCCGCUCACCCCCCGCACAGGCAGUCGGGCGGCAGCGUGCCCCUCUUGGCAGAGACCCCGGGGCGCCCCUUCCAGCGGGGAACCGAGGGGAACAGCCCCUACGCCAUUGUAAAAACCACCACUCCCCUGCACGUGGCCCACGCCACGGAGCAAGACUUGAACAGAAAGCAGGUGGCACUGCCCUUGCCUGAGGCCGGCCGUCCCCUGGCUGCCACCUCCCAGCUGCCUCCUGCCCCGGGGGCGGCGGCCGCCCAGGAGGGUGCCCAGAAACCAUUCAAUGCACUGAAAGCGCCGCGGCUGCCCCUCAGCCCCAAACCAAAAUUAUCCCCACAGGUUGCCAAAUCCCUCUCUGAGAACAGCUUCGUCUCAGCCUCUCCUCCCCCCGCAAAGCUGCCCAAAUCGGUGACGUUUUAGUGGGUCAUGCGGGGAGGUGAGGGAAAGGGGCUGGAGCGGCACCGGUGUCACGAUGCCCUCGGCAUCGCCCAUGGAGCCGUGCUUCGGUACGAGAGCCCGGGGCAGCUGGAGCUCCAGGAGCCGCCAACAUACUCCAUCUUGGUUUGCACCCGUGGUUUCUUUUCUAUGGACAGAAGUGCUUUAAUUUCGGGUCGCUCGUUGGAACUUGCCGAGCCCCGGGACGUGCAGGGAGGUGAACUCGUGCGCUUUGUUGCUCUCCUGCCUGUCUCCUGAGCUCUAGUGGUGGGUCUGCGGGCACAAGGCAGUGUAGUCUGAAAUAUUUGCCAAGAGAGGCGUUCCUCCCAACUGCCCCAUCCGCCUGGCCAACGGUGUUUCUAUUCCUGUAGCAAUAGGCCUUCAGUUGUUUUUCCAGACCCGCGGGAGGCAGCAGCCCUCGGGACGGGGCCGCGGCACGCCUGC